AUGCCAGCUGGUAUGCCUCAAGAUAGGCGAUCAUCGAUGCCGAGACGCACCUCCCUGCGAUUAGCACAGUCAAACCCCAGAUCCACCACCGACCGUCCGAGUGACCACAGGGUUAAUCAGAAAAAUGAAGAGCAUCAUUUGGAGUCGAUUGAGUCGAGCUCUGUCUCUACUUCUGUCGAAGUUGCUAUACCCGUGAAGAAGCAGUCACCUCCGUGUGCUUCUUCUUCCUCUUCCUCGGAAGACACGUUUGGCGAAGGAAGAAACGACUAUGAUACUCCUGCAACUAGCGUUGCGAUGACUCCUGCCGAGUCAGAUGUGAAUAAGCCCAGGAGGAGAGUUAAUGCUUCUGCACGAGCUCGGGAACUACGCUCAAGGACAAUGCCCCUCAGUAGCAUGCAAAGAGGACUUAAGAGGAACGCCGCAGCGCUAUCCCCGGAUGCCUCGACUCUGGGAACUUCAGACGAGGCUUUGGCUCAUGCUCUGCAAAUGCAAGAAUAUCAGGAAUCCUUUUCCAAGCGUCGGAAGAUUGCCGCGAGCGCGAGUCGUGACACCCCGGAGAUCGAAGAUUCUACUGAGGAUGAUGACCUCCUGGAGAACCUCGAGUCUGACGGGUUCAAGGAUGCAGAGGAUGAAGAGGACUUUGAGCCUUGGCGACCAAAGCGCAGUAUUAGGACUUCUCGGCGGUCGACAACGCAGCAAACCAUUCCGGACAGCGAAGUCUCUGACUUAAGUGAUGAUGAAGCAGGGGAUGGCAACUAUCAAACUGAUUCGGAAGCAGACGGUCCUCCGUCGUCUAGUAGCGAGGAGGAACCCUUAAUUGCCGAAAGGGCAAGAGACUCUGGCACAGCAAAUGCCAGUACAGGCUCGCGAGCGCGGAGGCAAGCAUUAAGGGCCUCUGCAAACCAACGACGCACUAAUAUUCCACCUUGGAUGAGUAAUCGAGCUUAUAGAGAGCGACGCAAACUUGAAAGGCAACAUCCUCUCAUCACAAAAAUGUGGGACGACUUAAAGAACACGCCGCCUAUUACACCGGUACCAGCAGAACAGCCUCCGGGCAUUUCGAGAACGCUGAAGUCGUACCAGCUCGAGGGCUUGAACUGGAUGUCACAGCAAGAGAAAAGUCAAUAUAAAGGUGGUUUGCUGGGUGACGAGAUGGGCAUGGGAAAGACUAUCCAGGCGGUCUCCCUUCUCAUGUCUGACUAUCCCGUCGGCAAACCAUCGCUUGUUGUGGUGCCACCGGUUGCUCUGAUGCAAUGGCAGUCUGAAAUCAAAGAAUACACGAAUGGCCAGUUGAAUGUCCUUGUGUACCACAAUACCAAUGCCAAGGUCAAACACCUGACCAAGAAAGACCUUGAGUCUUAUGAUGUGAUCAUGAUCUCUUAUUCCGGCCUCGAAUCCAUUCAUCGAAAGGAAUGGAAAGGAUGGAACCGCAACGACGGGAUCGUGAAAGAAGAUAGCGUCAUUCAUGCCAUUGACUACCACCGCCUUAUCCUCGAUGAAGCGCAUAGCAUCAAGCAACGGACUACCAGUGUUGCACGUGCAUGUUUUGCCCUUAAAGCCUCUUAUAAAUGGUGUCUUUCCGGCACUCCUGUUCAGAAUCGAAUCGGCGAGUUCUUCUCUCUUCUUCGCUUCCUCGAAGUUCGCCCAUUUGCGUGCUACUUCUGCAAGCAGUGCAAAUGUCAGCAACUUCAUUGGUCCCAGGACGCGGACAAACGUUGUAGCCAUUGCAAGCACAGUGGAUUCAGCCACGUAUCAGUCUUCAAUCAGGAGAUCCUUAAUCCCAUUACCGAACGAGACAAUCCAGAAGCCCGCAAGGAGGCCUUGUCCAAACUUCGCCUGAUCACCGACCGGAUCAUGCUGAGACGAGUCAAGCGCGAUCACACAGCUUCAAUGGAGCUCCCUCCGAAACGCGUAGUUCUGCAUAACGAGUUUUUCGGAGAAAUUGAACGAGACUUUUCCAGGAGCAUUAUGACGAAUUCUACAAGGCAGUUCGAUACAUACGUUAGCCGAGGUGUGAUGUUGAACAACUACGCCAACAUCUUCGGUCUGAUCAUGCAGAUGCGGCAGGUUGCGAAUCAUCCAGACCUAAUCCUAAAGAAGCAUGCUGCCGGUGGACAGAACGUCCUUGUAUGCAGUAUCUGUGAUGAGCCUGCGGAAGAGGCCAUUCGAUCUCGUUGUCACCAUGAGUUUUGUCGUCGUUGUGCCAAAGAUUACAUCCAGUCCUUUGAAGCAGACAGCGUCGUUGAUUGUCCUCGUUGUCACAUCCCUCUCUCCAUUGAUUUCGAGCAGCCAGAUAUUGAGCAGGAGGCGGAACACAUCAAGAAGAACUCCAUCAUUAAUCGCAUCCGAAUGGAGGACUGGACGUCGUCGACGAAGAUUGAAAUGCUUGUUUACGAGCUCUACAAACUGAGGAGCCAGAAGCAGACUCACAAGUCCAUCGUUUUCUCGCAAUUUACCUCGAUGCUUCAGCUUGUUGAAUGGCGUCUUCGCCGGGCUGGUUUCAACACCGUCAUGCUGGAUGGGACGAUGACGCCUGCACAGCGUCAGAAAUCAAUUGAUUAUUUCAUGAAUAAUGUCGAUGUAGAGGUUUUCCUUGUCUCAUUGAAAGCAGGGGGUGUCGCUCUGAACUUGACCGAAGCCUCAAGAGUUUUCAUCGUCGAUCCGUGGUGGAAUCCAGCUGCCGAAUGGCAAAGCGCAGACCGGUGCCAUCGUAUUGGUCAACGCCGGCCCUGUGUCAUAACCCGGCUCUGCAUUGAGGAUUCGGUAGAAUCGCGGAUUGUAUUGCUGCAAGAGAAGAAGGCAAAUCUCAUCAACGGCACGCUGAACAAAGAUCAGGGGGAGGCGCUGGAAAAGCUCACUCCGGAAGAUAUGCAGUUCCUGUUCCGCGGAUCGUGA